CUGGUCCAAAUCGCGUGAGCGCAUCCGUAGCCUACACAAGUCCUCGUGCAGCUGUUGUUGCACGCUGUUGCGUCCCUUCAUGUAUCCACAGUUUGCGCAGAGAUUAAACAUUCAUUCUUGUGAUGGCUCCGCUACAGUAACAAACUGGGAUUACAACAAUCGAAAUAUUUCUAUUUGACAUACAGGAAAAUAGCCUAUAAUUCAUUAACGGAAUUUUUUUGCAGUUUGCAGUAAUUUUACUGCAGAUGCCAGGAUGGGAUCCGCCGCAAAAUCUGACGAAAAGACCAUGGAAUCAAUCAACUACAACAGCCACAAAUCCAAUUUUUCGCAUUGUUUAGGCGGGCUACCAACCGCAUUUUGCGUCAUUUUGUCGGUGUGUUCUAUGGCAUUUUGUUUUUUGGUAAACUUCAGGACAGCUCACCUGGAGUACAGAGUGCAGACUUUGGAGAUGGAGAGAAUGUCCCCGAUCCCUUCCGAUGAGAAUGGAACGGUACCUGGUCUUCAGGAUAUCAUUGAAAAACUAGUGCACGAGAGACUGACCAAAGCACUGCCCAAACUUCGCGCUGCCAGGGAUGUCAUUCAAGAGUGCUCCUGUCCUCCAGGGCCUCCAGGAAAACGGGGAAGGAUGGGAAGACGAGGCGACUCUGGAUCUCCAGGCACGCCUGGACGGGAUGGUUACCCGGGCCCACUUGGGAUGGAUGGGAAGCCUGGUGGUCCUGGUCCUAUGGGAAGCCAGGGACUGUCUGGGCCAAAAGGAGAAAAGGGAGACCAAGGAGAUAUGGGGCCCAGGGGACUCCCUGCACUCGCGGGCUCUGCAGGUCUGCUCAGUAAUCAGAUUCUCACGGUCAAGGGUGACCAGGGUCAGGCUGGCCCCCCUGGACCCCCGGGGCCCCCUGGAUCACCAGGGCCCAGAGGACCCCCUGGGAACACAGGGAAGGAUGGGCCCAGAGGACCCCCUGGAGAGCAGGGUCCACCUGGUCAAGAUGGAAUCGAUGGAUUAGAGGGACUGAUGGGUCCUCCUGGACAGAAGGGUGAGGAUGGACAGCAGGGCGUGCCUGGAUCACAGGGGUCUCCGGGGCUAAAGGGGGAGCAGGGGGCUGCUGGUGACCAGGGCAGGACUGGCCUUGAUGGACUACCAGGGAUGAAGGGCUUACCAGGAGAGAAGGCUGUUCCUGGCUCCUAUGACAACAUCGGCCUUGGCCAAGUCGUUCAGGGUCUCCCAGGGCCACCAGGGCCCCCAGGAGGCCAAGGGUCAAAGGGAGACUCAGGCUCACCUGGUGCACCUGGAGCUGAUGGGGAUAAGGGAGCCAAAGGGGAUAGAGGUGAUGAUGGGAUGCCUGGAGUGGCAGGGGAGAAGGGAGAGCGAGGCCUGAUGGGCCAAACUGGGCUUGCGGGAGCUGACGGAAAAAAGGGAGAGCGAGGGGAUUCAAGGUUUGAGGACAGUCUGGCCCAGAGGAUCUCUAUCCCAGGCCCUCCAGGGCCUCCCGGGCCCCAGGGUUUCAUGGGACUUGAUGGAAGGCCUGGCCCCAAGGGGGAACCAGGUGAGGGAGUGAAAGGAGAUAAAGGAGAUGCAGGCGACAAAGGUCCUCCUGGGUUAAGGGGUACCCAGGGUCUUCCAGGUUCUACAGGGCUGCUUGGUCUCCCUGGCACCAAAGGGGGAAAGGGAGAGCAAGGUUUGCCGGGAUUAGAUGGUUUCCCCGGGCUGAUGGGACAAAAGGGGGAGAGGGGGGGCAGAGGAGACAAGGGUGACAGGGGGAUGCUGGGAAAGAAGGGACUGAAGGGACAGAAGGGCGAGCAAGGCCCUCCUGGACUGGACCAGCCCUGUCCUGUGGGCACCAAUGGGGGUGGAGAACACCCUGGGGAGACGGGGCAACCCUCAGGCGCCCCUUGCCCCCUGGGUCGGGAUGGAUUACCCAUACCUGGAUGUUGGCAUAAGUGAUGACUGACCCGGGACCUGGGAUCUGUACAUAUCGAUAUAUAUUUUUCAAAUAAAACUCAAGUGUUGUUUUUUGUUGUUGUUGCCAAUUCUAAUUUAAUAUAUUGAGUUUUUCGUAUUGGAAUUUAGAUUGUGGGUCUAUCACAAUCAAUAUUGUUUACUUUUUGCAUAUGAAAAGAAAACUAGUUUUUUUUAGUUUAGAGAUGACUUACAAGAAGGAUAUCAUGCACACAAAGAGGGGAGACUGGUGACAAACGGAAAGCAGCAGCAACACCUACCGGAUGGACAAAUGUUGCUGCUUUUAUCUAUAUGGGAAGAAAUAAAUCAUUGAUUCUGACGAACAGGCUCACUAGUGUUCCCAUAUUGGAGUGUACAACUCAGCCUGCACCUUGCAAACAAAUCUACCCCAUCACUCCUGUGAUCGCUGUUUGCUUUGAAAGGACCAGUCUAUAUGGGGAGAAAUAAAUCAUUGAUUCUGACGAACAGGCUCACUAGUGUUCCCAUAUUGGAGUGUACAACUCAGCCUGCACCUUGCAAACAAAUCUACCCCAUCACUCCUGUGAUCGCUGUUUGCUUUGAAAGGACCAGUCUAUAUGGGGAGAAAUAAAUCAUUGAUUCUGACGAACAGGCUCACUAGUGUUCCCAUAUUGGAGUGUACAACUCAGCCUGCACCUUGCAAACAAAUCUACCCCAUCACUCCUGUGAUCGCUGUUUGCUUUGAAAGGACCAGUCUAUAUGGGGAGAAAUAAAUCAUUGAUUCUGACGAACAGGCUCACUAGUGUUCCCAUAUUGGAGUGUACAACUCAGCCUGCACCUUGCAAACAAAUCUACCCCAUCACUCCUGUGAUCGCUGUUUGCUUUGAAAGGACCAGUCCUCACGGCAGGGACCCAAUGCCAGGUACCCAUCCCAACCUUAGGAGAGAGGUAUGGGGAGGCACAGAGGAUGGCCCUCACAGUUGAAUAGGAGCCACACAGACUGACUGCGCUGGACAGAGACAGAUGGCUACACCAGCAUGGAGGAAAUAUGGCUUUCACUCUUCAGCUGCAAUCCUAACUGGUACUGGAGGGACUUGAUUCAAACACCAGAUCCCUCACAACAAAUUACAGACACACACUAGCUUAGAUGAAUGGAUUUAUUUCAAGACCUUCUAAAUCCCUUAGCAGUGUGUUAUCCAUUACAUGCAGUUGUGUGUUUUUGUCAUAAUGUGUGUAAAAACUAAUCAGAUCUGAAAUGAACACAUGUUUUAAUACCAUGAUGUUUCGAUGGCUUUUUAGAUUUAACCUUUGUCUGUAGUCGUUUUCUUAAAUGUGUUUCAUGUUUAGAUCAAUAUUGGUUUAAAAUGUUUUAGAAUGUUUAUAAUGGUUUCACAGUUGUUGCAUCAAAUGCGUUCUCAUUCCUCUGAGUGCUCUAACCAGUUCAUUGACACAGAACACUGUAAAACUUUGUAGAUACAUAUAAUGAGAUAUUCCUGUGUGUAGGUUUUGUGGAAAUUCCUUGGAUCUGUCUUAUAUUCAAGUUACAUACAUUUUCAUUUCAUACAUAGCCCCUGAAAAAGUUUGAGCUAUUCAAACAGUCAGAUUUAGAUGUUCAUGUCAAAUGAAUGAUAGCAAGCCUAAAAAAGGGUCAGGACUUUUUACAUCUGACAUCAAGGUAGAAAUAAAAUACAUAUUUUCAAAGCUACCAGGUGGGCUUAUUGGGCUAAUUAUUGUUUGUUCUAGAUACAUGCAGUAUUUAAGUUGUCGGUCAUAUUAAAUACUAUUUCAAAUGGA